AAAGUCUCACAUAUAAAAGUAUUGCAUCUUUAAAUUUUCGAAAGAAUAUGUAAAUUCGGUGUGUUUAAACUAGAUCAAUAAACUGUACGCAUUUAUUAUUUUCUCGCUUUAAAAGAAUUAACUUCCGGCAACAGAGAUGACGUAACCACGUCGGGUUGUUGCGGCGUUGCCGUGGAAACGCGUUGCCGGGGAUACGCACGCGCCUCGAAGAAAAAGAAGAGGACUGGUUUUUGCCACCUAGCCGACGCUAGCUUGCUAUAUUUUCUUUUUUAUAUAUAUGUAUAUACAUAAACUAUCUGAAAACUCAUUAUAACACGUUAUAACACAUUAUAGCAUGCUGUUUGCUCUCACGCCAUUCACACCGACCUGAAUGUAAUGGAGGCUGAUAAGGACAGGAUAAAGGAGCAGCUGCGGCUCCAGUUUCAGACCCUGCAGGAACAGCAGGUGCAGCGUCUUCAUGAGCGUCUGGAGAAGAAGAAACAGAUCUCCUUUGAGAAGGAAAAGGAUGAGAUGAGCUCGAACGGGCAGGAGAGUCUGGACCUGUCUGAGGACGAGGGGGACUCGGUGCUGGAGCGCUCUAACUCCAGCUCCAGACUGCUGAAGAAGGAGAACGAUCAGCUCCAGGAGCGGGUCAGGGAGCUGCGGGAUGAGAACGGACGACUCCAUAAACUCCUGAGUGAGAAGGAGUUUGAGAUCAAGUACCUGAAGAAGAAGAGGGAGGAGGACAGGCUGGCUUUAGUGGGCACAGUGGGACUGGCAGGAGAUGCAGCAGCAACCAAGAUCGUGGAGCUUUCGAAGAAGAACCGGGAACUCUCAGUGGAGAUGGAGAGAGAGAAAACCAAGAGCAAACAGCUGAACAACAGAGUGAGAGAGCUGGAGAGAGAGCUGCAAGAUACAGCAGUAUUCAGUAAUGGAGUGAAAGCAGACCACAAACUGGACCUGAGGAGCUCACAGCAAGAGGCCACUCCGCUGGUGAAGUCUCUCCAGGAGAAACUGAACACAGCCCAGUUUAAAAUGAGUGAAUACCGCAACCAGAUCCAGGCUGUCAGACAGGAGCUGAAGGUCGCGUACAAGGUUCUGAGUAGUGAGAUCGGGGAGGACGUGUGUGUUCAGCAGAUCCUCAGUACUCCAGGAAGCUGGAGAGGACGAGCGCAGCAGAUCCUGGCCCUGCAGAGCCGAGUGAGAGAUCUGGAGCAGCAGCUGAGCUCGGCAUCCAACAGGAAGCAGCCGGGAGAGUUCAGCCCGGAGCAGUGCAUGCUGGGAAAGGGAGUCCAUCAGAGGAACCAGGACAAGAACCAGAGCUAUAUCCGCACCUUGGAGAGAGACAGGAAGGAGGCGCUGGAGAAGCUAAGUGUGGAGUAUGAGCUCAUUCUGGGUGAACACGGUGAGGUGAAGAAGAAGCUGGAGAGCAGCAAAGCGAGGAACCGCAUCCUGAGUGCCGAGCUCAAAACCCUCAAAACUCAACUGUCCACACUGACCGAGAAGGGUCGGCAUGACAACGAGCUCAUCGAUGCACUGCUGAAGCAGCAGGCUCAGCUGCAGGGUGUGUUGAGUCGUCUGGGUCAGAAAGAGGGGCAGCGCGAUGAUACAGAGCAGAAGCGGGACACACAGGAGGCUCAGAGACACAAUGACCUGAUCACACAGCUCAAACUGAUGGUGAAGGAGAGAGAGGAGAAAGUUCAGGAGCUUGAGCGGGAGAUCCAGCAGCUCACACUCACUAAACAGGAGGCCAGAGACACAGAGGUGAAGAUUAGCCAUGCCCACCUGAUGGUCAAAGAGGAAGGAGACAGGAGGUCCAGCUCUGCCAGGUCAGUCUCAAAACUGGGACACAAACUUGUUGAGUCAGCUCUGGCACUGUCUCCUGGAAACACCACUGAUCUCGGAGAGCGGUCAGAGGCACCGUGCUCUGCGUGCGCUGCUCUGCAGGUUCAGUGUUCAGAGUUUAAAGCUCUGUGUCAGGCGGCUAACGUGGAGAGAGACCGACUGCUGGAGCUCGCUCAAGUUCAACAGAGGAGAGAAGUAGAGACGAUUCAGAAGUGCGCAGAUGCCGAGCAGAAGCUUCGGGAGGAACGUCGCCGCUGUGUGGUUCUGGAGCAGCAGCUGGAGAGACUGAAGCUAGACCCUGAAAAAGCACAAAGAGUCAAUCGCAGCAGGACAGGUAGUUUAAAUGUACCUGAGAAACAGGACGUUCUUUCACCCAGAAGAGCCACGGGGUCGACGCACGACGCUCAGAUCAGUGAACUCAGCACACGACUUGCUGCCCAGCAGGAGGAGCUGGAGGUUCUGAGGUCAUCUCUGAAGCAAGUCCUGCAGGCUAAAGAGGAGGACCUGCAGCUCUACAGCACCAUGAUCAGCCAGGUCAAGCAGGUCUUCCUUCAGGCUCUUCGGCAGCACAAACAGAGCUCAAAACAGGAAACGUAGCACAGACGUCUUCCCAUCCAUCAGAUCUGGACUCCUGCAGACUCAGAGCAUCUAGGCUCCAAAUCCUAGUAACCUGUAUGAGAUCUUAGUUUCCAUGGCCAGGAUUUUAGCAUCUAGGGGCCAAAACUUAGAAAUCUGUCCCAGAUUUUAGCAUAGAGGCUCUAGAUUGUAGACCUAAAUCUUUGCCCAGUAGAUCUUAGCCUACUAGAUCUUAGCCCACAUACCAAAAAUAUGAGCAUCUUGGUCUCAGAUCUCAGGUUUCAUGUUCUAGAUCCUAGGCUCUGGGCUCCAAGUUGUACCCUUCAAGACCCAGACCCUAGUGUCGCAAUUGCCUAAUUUCCAAUUCCUAGCCUCCAAGAUCUAAAGCUUAGUCCCAAGACAUAAGAUCUUGGAUUGUAGGCCACAAACCUUAGCUUCUAGCCCAAAAACUUUAGCAUUAACUUCCAGGCCCAACAAUCUAGCCUCCAUACAUCAUAUAUUAGUCUUCAAGCUCAAGAUCAUAGUAGCUGGGCUCUAGAUUUUGGUCUUGUUACCAUAUUUUUGGCUCCAAAUCAUGGAUUUUAGCUUCCAGGCCACAGAUCCUAAUCUACAGACCCCAUGUUUUCUUACUCCAUGCUAUCGUAGCUGCCAUAUCCUAGAUUUUAAAAUGAAAAUCCUGGAUUUUAGCGCCCUUUUCAUUUUUAUUAGAUCUUAGUCUCCAGGCCCAUAAUCUUUAUCUUCAGGCCAUGUGUUUGUAGAUUUCCCAGAAGUUAACCUCCACACCUCCACGUGGCUACCAGAGCCUAGAUUUUGCUUCAUCUUGUAGGCCCCAGAUCAUGGUCUCCUCCGUCCCUAACCUAGAGGUCCCAAGUCUUACAACAGGUUAGUGGACUUCCAUCUUUCUGCAUAUGGAAGCUGAAGUUCCUAAUAGAUCCUGCGCUGAUGUUAAUGAGACUGUGCUAUUUCUGUGCUAAUCCCGGUGAAAUAAUUGAUGAGAUACGGACAAAGAAGAGACGAGACGUCAAUAUGGCUGGCAUUCUGAGCCGAUAAGAGCUGUGGGGAAAACGAUAGCUUUGUUUUAAUUACCUUCACUGUCAGUUAAGCUAGGAAGGCUAAAAAGAUGCUUGUUUGUUUUUCCUGAGCUUCUGCUAACUGAAAUAAAAAUAAAAUUAAUUAUUUAAAAGUGUAAUACUGUAGCAGUGAUGGAUUUCUCAGUAUAUCCUACUUGACAGAAUGAAAAUAAAAAAACGUCUCCAUCUAUAAAUCACGGUAAAAUAAUAUUUAAUUUUUUAUAAAUACUUUUACAUUUUACUGGCUCUGUCUUUUCUGACGCAUGUUGCGCAUCAU